AUGAAAAACGAGUCUGAAGAUUGCGGAAAACGAAAACCACCAGUUAAAGAACAAUUGCCUGAAAUAUUGAACCUAGAUAAGACCAUCGAAGAGUUGAAAGCGGCGACGAAAUACAAAUUUAUUUAUCUAGUUUACGCAGUCAGCAAAAAAUCUAAAUAUUUUUCACCGUAUAAUUUCAAAAUUGUUCUGUUUAAAGACAUCAACAAACGUAGUUUCUUUACGCUAAGUAACGAAGGUAUAUUGUCUCACAUUGAAAACGAAGUGACGUUCACGCCAUUUUCGCAAUUUGAAGAGGAAUAUAGAUCAUAUAAGAAAGUCGUAAAAAUACCACUGUUUAAAAACUACUUACCGUGGAAGUGUCUACACUUCUGGUACAAAUACAUUUCGCAGAACAAAUACUGUCGAGCUCGAGAAGAGUUACAGGGUCCGCUUUCGUUAUUCAUGUUGUCUGCUCCACUGCGAGACGCUUCGUUAAAAGUAUCUGCCCUGAUUUUCCAGACCGAGGCAAUAAGCUUGUACAACGGUUCUGUUACCGAAGAAAACACACUUCAAGGGUUUAAAGAACAACAGGAUAAUAGCACCGAGGCAGCCGUCGGACAUUUGCAAAACCUGCGGCUGACGGUCAAAGGCUUAGUGUUGGCGGCGUGUUUUAGCGCCCUAACCGAGUGUGGGUUCACCACGGAUGAUUCGGAAUUUUGUACCACAAAGUCAUCUCUUAUAUCGAAGUCCCGCAGUGGUGGUAAUGGUAUAGGUACCGCCGAAUACACGAUGCCGUUCGUAAAACAAAGAACCAAACUGAAAUGUUGCCAGAGGAUAUGCCGGUUCAUCACGUAUGUCGAUUUCCAGUUGCAGUCACAUCUGCACAGGAUUGCCAGAAAUCAAAUCGUUCGUUUUGAAGCAGAUGUGCGCCGACACUACAAGUACGUUCCUGGCGAACUGUGUCAAAUGAACGGUCGCAUCAAUGACAUCGAURCGUUGUUGGAAAGUGACAGGUCUCCGGACGAUCCAAAGCCGUUCUUCGUGUUGGAGGUGUUUUUAACGAAAAAUGGUAUCGAGUUCGAUAACUCCCAAAGCGAUUUCACCAAUUACGUAUCGUUUUUAAUGGAAAAUUGGAAAUGGAUCCUUUUCAAUCACGUUCCUCCGCUUCUGGACGACAUUGAAUUCAAUGAUUUCGUAAUCCCGUCAAUUUGUGGAUAUCAAAAUGAUCGAGUAUGUGGCAACGGACCAUCAUUGCAGUUUGUGUUUGAAAUUGACGAUGUUUACCAGUGCACCAUUGAAAAAAUAUUGAAUUAUUUUACUGCAAAUUUUAAGGCAGUACAUCAGUAUUUAAAACGUCUGGAAUAUGUUCACAUUAUUUACAGGGACAACGAAAAUAUCGAUAGAGAAAGUAUCGAAAAUGAUACAAGCAUUAUUAAUUUUCGGAAAAUGUUAGAGAAAUACAGACAACAAAUAGCCGACGUGGACAAAAUAAAGACCGUACAGAUGUUGGGCAUAUUUAAUUUAAAAUUACAUCUUUUAAAAAAUGUUGCUAAACCGACUUGUGAAUAUUUAUUAGAGCUAGUAGAAAAAACACUUUUAAAAGUGGGCAAGCGGUUGGUAAAUGAACUGUCAAACGAAAUAAAUGAUUCACUCAAGUACCUCCACACUUCACCAUCUACAGCGGCACAAUAUGUAGAUUAUAAAAAAUUCCUGGAACAUUUUCCUAUAAAGUUGGACGAAAUAGAUAAAAAUCAAAAUUAUAUCAGAGAACUUUAUGACUUAGCCGAAAAUUUUGAAGUGCCCGUUCCUGAUGAGGAUAUCGAAAAUUAUGAUAAAUUUUUAGACGCAUUGAAUACUUUACAAACAACUUUUAAAGACGUUAACAGUGAACAAGACAAACUCAUUGCAGAAUUCUUCAAAAAAAUUGAAAUUCAUAUAAAUGAAAUCAUUCAAGAUGUAGAACAAAUAAAUAUUGAGGCUAAU